UAAAAGGAUAUCUACGUCAUGCAUAUGGCGGACGGUGUAAACACAGCAGCUAGCGCUAAACUGGAGUUGUGUAUGUUUACCCAAAAUGAAUAGUGUAGACUUCGAUCGCUUGGAUAGUUUAGAUGGCUGGGUCGCGAUUAAAAGUAAUUUGUUUGAUGAAAAUGAGACAUUUAAAUUGGGGUUUAUCGUUCAGUGGAACAUAAUCGAAUCCAAGUUCGCUGUCACUUGUCACAACAGAACACUUCAGCGACAGAAACGAAAAGAAGAGCUAGCAAUCGGAGAUACACAAACAAGCUGGGCCGGAUUGUUCUCUGUCAGUGAUCUAAAAAAUGUCCACCGCCAGUUUACAUGUGUUGGUGAUGUAUUGGCCCCAUAUUUCCCCGAUUUGUCAGACUUCGAGGAUGGGAAUAUAUGGGACCUUAUAUUUUUUAACCGGACAGGGAACCAAGAGGACCAAGAAAAAGAUUUGGAUACCCCCUGUCGUCAGCUCGAAAAAUACUUUAGUACUGCGAUUGACGUAUGUGGCCGUAAGAUUGUUUUAGAUUCUUUAUUUAACAACGAUGAACGAGAUGUGGAAGAAUAUUUUGAAAAUCUUCAAGAGUUCAAGAGAAAAACCAUGGAGGAUGAAGUUGCCAGGGCCAAAGAUCUUCUGCGAAAGAUGUUCCAACAGCACAAUGGUGCCGACAGUUUGGUCCGACUGUUAAAGAUUUAUGAAGAGGAAGACGAAGCUUACAAGGAAUUAGUCACCGUGGCAACGCUCUUCUACCAGUACCUGCUUCAACCUUUUCGAGAUAUGAGAGAGCUGGCUAUGCUGUACAAGAUGGAGAUUCUGAAAUCCUUGGAAUACGAGGAAUUGGGCCCCAAAAGGAUUGCAGCUCUGCAGAAGGAGGCCGAGGACUGGAGGAAGAGGGCGGAGGAUGCGGUGAGCUCCAUCCAGGACAUCACCGUCAGCUACUUUGUGCAGACAUCAAAAGCUCUGGCAGGGAUGCUGAAGCAGAUGGAGGAGGAUAAGAGGAGGUUUGGCCAGGCCUCCUGGGCCUCUGCCUCUCCACGCCUGGAGAGGCUCAAGUUCCUGCUGGCCAAAGAGACACUCCAGCACAUGCGGGCGAAGGAAAUGUGCCUGAACCGCAAGAAGGCUGAGAUCAGGGAAAAGAUGGGGGGUCUGGCGGAUCACAAGGGGGACAUGCUGACGGUGGACCAGCUGGAGUUGCUGUAUUACGAGGCUCAGUUGGAGCUCUACGACAUUAAAUUUGAGAUCCUGAAGAACGAGGAGCUGCUGCUGGUCGCACAAAUCGACACCGUGCGCCGGCAGAUGAAAGGUACUAAAGAGCUGAAGGAGGAGGUUGUGUACUAUGACACGUGCGAGGAUCUCGAGGAGCUGCACAACAUCAUCCAAACGUCGAGUGAGCAUGAGCCCAGCCAUCCUGCCAGGAACCUGAGUAGAAGACUGCAGCAGCUGGAGAGCAAGCGAGGAGCCAUCUGUGCCAGAAGAGCUUACCUGCGCAAUAAGAAGGAUCAGUGUGUGGACGCUCAUGAACAGAAGGAUCGCUUGGCCCAGGACAGGACUGUUCAGUUUGUUCAGCACCAUAAUGUCCAGUUGAAACGAGAGCGGCGGAAAGAGGAGGAGCAGAAGAGGAAGGAGUGGGUGGACCUGGAGCGGGAGAAGACCCUCAACCGGCUGCGCUCCUUUAGAGAGAAGCGACAAGGCCAGUUUGUUUUGAAAACUCCUCGGACCAGGGCCAUCCCGAAGGCCUCGAGUGUGUAUGAGGACACCUCCCAGCCGCUGUCCAUCAUCAGUUUACCGCCGUUAGGCGGGGGUGCUGUCGCUUCAUCUCUCGCCUCCCCCAAGAAGAAGCAGUCCAAACCAAGAGACAUCCCCGUCCAGAUCUUUGUUUCUCCAGGACCGGGAGCUGCCGCUCCACCACAGGCCUCCACCCUGCCGCCGCCUCCACAGGCCUCCAACCCGCCGCCUCUGCCACCUCCUCCUCCACCUCCUCUCCCACCACCUCCUCCUCCACCUCCUCUUCCAAGCUUCCCCACAAACCAGCCAAAGAAGCUGGAUUCCCCCAAGCCCCUUGAUGAGAAAGAAGCACCUCCAUUUCCUGCCAAAAACACCCUCAAGCAAAACAUAGGCUCCAUGGACGAGGUGCUGGCGUCCUUACAGAGAGGGCAGAUCCAGUUGCGGAAGGUGCCCCCGCCAAGCUCCAGGCCGGCCGGCAGCCCGACGGAGAACGUGAGGGACAGCAUCCUGACGGCCAUCCGUCAGGGUGUGAAGCUGAAGAAGGUGGAGAGGCCGGAUCCGUCGGGCCCCUCCCCAGGCAGCAGGGACUCUGAGCUGGAGCGCAGCAUCAAGGCCGCCAUGCAGAGGAUGAAGAGGGUGUCCUCGGACUCGGACGAUGAAGAGGACGAGUCAGACGACCACGGAGACACCCAGUCCGAGGAGUGGUCCAGCUGAAGAAGAUCCGGGCUUCUCUCUCGGCGCCAGAACCAACAAAAAUCCCAAGUAUUGUGCAAGGCCAAUGGUAUGCAUUCACAUGCUAGCUUUCUCUGAACAGUUACCUGAUCAAUAGUGUUUUUCUUUUUUACUUGACACUGAGAGAAAAAGCAUAAGCUUAAAACGCUAUAUUGGGGCUUCGUUCACACAGGUAACCCACCAAUGGUCCCCUCUUUAUGAUUUUGAUAGUAAGGCACUUUGAUCAGAGAAUCCAAAUGUGACUGUUUACUUGUCCAGUAAGAUUUCUUGCUGAAAUAUAAAGUCUGCUAUGAUCUACAAUCUCAGAACAGGAACAGUCCAGUCAGAAUAAAACAUGGAUGAAGGACAACUAAAAUUGGGGGAUAGAAUUCAUUUCCAAUGGUUAUCAUGGUUUUGGUUACAGAACUAAAGAAUUGUUAAAGGCAGAGAAAGCCCUUAGAAAAUAUAUAAUACUAGCCUGUAUUUAGAUAUUUUCAUUAAGACACUAAAACCAUGAACAACAAUAAGCAGGAAGUGGCGGCCUUUGCACUUUGAUGGGCACAGAUUCUGGCUGCACUUAAAUGCACAUAAACAUGACCUUGUAGCCUUCGAAAAUGUCUGUUUUAUGUUUGUGGGAGUUCCUUAAAAGGAAUAGUGUGUUGCAUGUUGACGUGGUGCAUCAUGAUGUUGGCACCAUACAAUUUACUAUUUGUGUGUGUGUGUGUGUGUUUUUAAAAGUGGCAAUAUUUGGUAGUGCAGCAAAGCAAUGUUUAAGGCGUGCUGACAUGAAAUAGAGGGAUACGUGCGUUUACUUUUAAAGGUGACUUCAUUUGUAAGCAGUCUCUGCCAUAACCACAGAAAUCCAAUAAACAUUGACCUUUGUCUCAAAGCAGAGUACUGCUCAAGCAUAAAUGUGUUAGUAUGUAAUCUUUGAUUUACAGCCCUGUGUUGCACUUGAUUUAACCCGACUAUGUUACCAGAAAUUGAAGGCGUGAUGUCAUGCACUGAUAUUUUUCUUUGCCUUUUUUUCUCCUUUCAGUUCAAAUUUUCUUUCUUUUUUUGCUUAAGUACUUAAUCAGUUUUUAUGGAAUUACAGUUUGUAAAAAAACACUAUAAUUAAAUAUGCAAAAGUGCCUUGA